GAGUGUGUAGUUCUUUCUGACAACACUGGCUUAGUUUUUGUUUUAUUUGAUUUACCGCAACAUUGCAAGCUGUAAAUGGACUUUAAGGUUUGAAUUAAUACAAAGAUAGAGUUAUGUGGCACUGUUAAUGCAGUAAUUAUUUUUUGUGUACUGUUUACUCACUAUAUUGUUUGAGAGUUAGCAUUUAAUAAUUUUAUUAUAUUUACAGUUCAGAGUUUCUUGUUUAUCCACUGGUUUUAAAACUAUAUGUGUUGGAGUAAUUUGAUCAACUUUAUUUUUGUGCUAAGAGAAAAGUAGUGUUCCAUAACAUGUAUACACUGAUUCAUGUGUAAUAUAGAUCUCAAAUAUUGGGCUUAUGUCUGGGAACCAAAUAAGUUUCAUAGUUGAAGAUUUUUGUGAUCUGUCUCUCUUAUAAAACUAUGCAAAAUGCCACCUAAGCAGAAGCGUAGAGAAGAAACAAACAAGGCACCCAUAGAUGCAACCUUGGCAAAACAUGCCAAGGAAACUGCUGCUUCGGAGGAGGAUGUUAAGCUUGAAUCGAAGGAAGCAAAACCAGAAGCAGCUGGUAAAUUUUCACUUUGUACACAACUCACAGACUCAUCCUGGCGUGAGGCUUUAUGCAAGGAGAUGCAAGAGCCUUAUUUUCAAGAAUUAGAGGCCAAACUAGCAGAAGCAUAUAAGGGGGUCGGUGAAGUUUGUCCUCCCCUGCAUCUGAUUUUUAAUGCCUUUAAUUUGACGCCUCUGGACAAGGUGAAAGUGGUGAUCAUUGGUCAGGACCCAUACCACAAUAACAACCAGGCAAUGGGGUUAGCUUUUUCUGUUCCCAAGGACAGCAAGAUCCCACGUUCCCUUUACAAUAUCUACAAAGAACUAGAGAAUGACAUUCCUGGUUUUUCCUCUCCAGACCAUGGUUGUCUACAACAUUGGGCAUCGCAAGGUGUGCUUUUACUCAAUGCUACCUUGACAGUAGCCCAGCACAAGCCCAACUCUCAUAAGAAUCUGGGCUGGCAGAAGUUCACCGACAGGGUCAUCCAGAUAAUAAAUGACAAGUGUGAAAAAGUUGUGUAUCUUCUGUGGGGGAACUUUGCACACAAGAAAGGCGAGCUGGUAGAUAAGAAACACGUAGUACUGAAAAGUGCUCAUCCUUCAUCACUCAGCUUUGGGAAGUUUCUCAACUGUAAGUGUUUCUCGCAAGCAAACAAUGAACUGGAAAAGUCUGGGCAAACACCAAUUGAUUGGAGACUACCUCCAUCUACCCUCUAAGGUUUGUUAAGCGGGGUCUGAAUUGGGCUUUCCUCCUAAAGCCACAAACUGGUUUCCGGUUGGUUGAUGACCGAGUUAACAUUUCUUAUGGUGCCUAAAGGUAUAGCUAGCAUGUUGAGGAUGGCUACCUCCACACGUGAAUGAUGUUGCAGAUAACUUUUUUUAUUUUAGUGGGAAAAAGAAAGAAAUAUUUUUAUGUAUCCUCUGUAGACGCAAGGAUGGGACUUCACAGUCUCAUUAAGGACUUUUUUUUGUUAUCAACUAUUUAUUUCUUAUUUUUAAAUUAUUCUGUGUAAGAUUUACUUCCAAAUAUUUUAACAUACAUGAACUACACUGUCACUUUUUUGGGGGGGCACUCUUUAUGUGGAACUGCAUACUACUGGUAUUAGUAUGCUUUCAUCUUUUUUCAAGACAAGUCCAGCUGAUCAGCUAGGAUCGACUAGUUGAUGAAAAUGUUAGUUUCAUGUUUUUUCUUAAGGCUCUUUAAAGUUGUUGUUUGGCAGCCAAGUGAAUGUGAUUUUUCAUUAAACUGAACUAAAA